AUGACUGUAUCUGAUUGUAUUGUUGCAGGGAAGUGGUACAUUCCUGAGUACAUAGCUCAAAGAGAUCCUGCUCUUGCUAACCAAAUUUAUAAAAUCAUCCUGCCUUCGGAGGAGGUGUCUGAUAAGCUUUGUUGGGUUGACUCAAUGGAUGGGGAGCUCACUAAUAAAAUUGCUUUCAGCACAUUGAGUGGUGCUGGUCCAAAAAUGUGCUGGGCCAAAUUAGUAUGGAACUCUUAUAUACCUCCUUCUAGAUCAUUCAUCACUUGGAGACUCAUCCACAACAAAAUUCCUACUGAUGAGAACUUAAGAAAAAGAGGUUGUUAUAUAGUUUCUAUUUGCUGCUUUUGCAUGCAGGCUGCUGAAUCCUCCCAACACAUAUUUUUUGACUGUCCUAUCACUUUCAAAUUGUGGGAGUGGUUAGAGAAAGGCACUGACCAGGCUCUGGAUUGUUCUAGCUGCUUGCCUUUAUUGUUUAGUAGAAUGGGCACUGGAAGUAAGUUGGUCCAACAACUUAUGAACUCUGCUAUUAUUCACACCAUUUGGGUGAUUUGGAUAGAGAGGAACCAACGAUAUUACUCCAACAAGAAGCAAGCUAUGUCCACUCUUUUCAAUACUAUUCUGGCUGAGGUCAAAGUGAGUUAUAAUCUUUGUAUGGCUACUGGUAACCCUUCUAUGCAGGAUUUUAAAGUUGCUAGACUUUUUUCCAUUCCUUUCAAAGUUAAAAGAGUCACUCUUUCUCAAGAGAUUAUUUGGCAGCCUCCUUCUGGGGACACAGUGAAACUCAACUGUGAUGGAUCUUCCUUUGGUAUUAGUCCUAGUUGUUCCAUAGGUGUUGUGAUCAGAGAUGCUAACUAUGCCUUUCUUGGAGCUAUUUCCAGGAACAUUGGUUAUGCUACGCCUUUAGAAGCUGAAUUCUGUGCAGUGAUGGUAGCUAUAGAAAAGGCUAAAAGCAUGAACCUACUGAGCUUUUGUUUGGAGACUGACUCUAUAAAGGUUGUUGCUGCUUUUUCAAAAGAUCUUGGAAUACCUUGGAAAUUUAGAGCAAGAUGGCAUAACUGCAUGAUAUAUUGUAAAAGUAUUAUCUGUUCUUGUGUUCAUAUUCAUAGAGAGGGUAACAUGGUGGCAGAUGCACUUGCCAAGAAUGGCCAGGGACUUUCUCCACAUUCCACUCAGUGGUGGCCUGCUCCUCCUCCUUUUUUGAUAUCUCUUUUGUUUAGAGACAGUCAGGGACUUCCUUGUAACAGAAUAGUUAUGGUUUGA